AUGGCAAGUCUGCUUGUCGGCGGAGUCUCUGGGUACAUAUUGCCACCUCGUGCGGCGCCUACUGGCCCGUUCUUACGACAAGUUGACAAUGCGACUUGGGUUAUUGGUAACGAGCUAUGGAAUCUCACACAAGGUCAGACCUAUGGCGUCAAGCUAUACUAUAAGGACCACGAUUGUGUUGGUGAUGCUGUUGGGCACUAUGUCAGCUACAAUGGCGCCGCAAGUAACUUGAAUUGGACUUCCGCCUCCAUCGUCAACGAAGGCAAUAUUGACGGUAAAAAGUACAUCGACAUCAGGUUCACUGCUAAGGAAGGUGACUUUCACUGGGUUAUUCAGUCUGGACUUACCGGGGCCUACCAAUACUUUGUGAAUCACGCCCUGCCGACCCUUGGCGAGUUCCGCACUCUCUGGCGUCUCGAUAACACCACGUUCCCGAACGGGAAAACCGAUGUCAGAGAUGAGCCUCUCCCGCCCCUAGACGAGUACCUUGCAAACCUCAAGGUGCAGGACGAGACAUGGUCCAAGCCCGACGGCUCAGGCUAUAUUACCAAGUAUGACUUCACAUCGUGGAUCCGCACACAAACCUACUACGGUGUUUAUGGUGAUAGCUUUGGCAGUUGGUACAUAAAUGCUGGCAAAGACUACUACAAUGGCAACCACCUGAAGCAGGAGCUGAUGGUGCACCGCGAAUCAGCCACCGGUGACGCCGUCCAGCUCAACAUGAUUCAUGGUACACACUUCAUGGUUUCUUCGUCUGAUGUCUUCCCUGACGGCAAGCUCUGGGGGCCCUGGCUUUGGUACCUCAACGACGGAUCUAAAGACGACGCCGCGGCGCGCGCCGUGGAUGAAUUCUCCUCAUGGCCGUACGCCUGGUUCGAGGACGCCGACUACCAAACCCGGGGCUCAGUCAAGGGCAAGCUUGUGCUCUCGGACGGCCGCCCGGCUACUAACGCCGCCGUAUACCUCGGCGACAAUACGCCCAACAAGACGGCACUCGACGCAGGUUCCGAUUACUACUACACGGGCUACGCAGAUGCCGAGGGCAACUUCGAGUUCAAGGACGUCCGCGUCGGCAGCUACGGGCUGCAGGCCUGGUCCAACGGCAGUGAGAUCGCCGACGUGACGACGUCGCUGAUUCAGAACGACGUCGUCGUCUCGGAAAACCACGCCACCGACCUCAAUACCCUCGAGUGGCGCGUCUCUGACAAAAAGGCCCUGUUCCAGAUCGGCGAGUUCGACCGGUACAGCUACGGCUUCGCGUACGGCGGCUCGCCGCACGCGCACGCAGUCGUGGACAAUUGCCCGGCCAAUCUGAAUUUCACCGUCGGUCAGAGCGCGACCGAGGAUUGGUGUUUCGGGCAGGGCAAGAUCGGCAACUGGAGCAUCGCAUUCGACAUCGACUCGCUUCCUUGCACGGCCGCCAACCAGACGGCCAAGCUGAUCGUCUCGCUGGCCGGCUACUCGUCGGGCGUCAGCUCGACCAUCUGGGCCAAUGACGUCAACAUCGGCAAUCUGACGAGCGGCCUGACGACCACCAAUGCCACGACGGGGCUGGUCAGCGACCCCUCGCUGUACAGAAGCGGCACCGCGGCUGGUGAGUGGAGAUAUUUCGAGUUUCCGUUCAGGGCGAGCGUGCUGGGGAAAGGGUCAAAUGAGAUUGUCUUUCAGGUCACAAAGAAUACGACUUGGCAUGGAUUCAUGUGGGAUGGCAUCAAGCUUGAGUGGUAA